AUGGCAGUCAUGGCUCGGCUUCUGGCUGCGGGAAAUUUAUCACAAAAUAUUGCAGAGGAGGUUAGCCAGCUGAAAUUAGCUGCUCGAUAUAUUUGCAGAGAAUUGCGUGAGGCAGAUGAACCAAAUUUACUUGAUGAAGAAGAUAUGCAUGUUUUUGGUUUGAUGCCUAUGACUGACCCUUUGGACCUGGUAUGUUGCAAUGCCUGUAAGAAGCCAGUGAAGGUUAGCCAAUAUGCGGCUCAUGCAGAGCUUUGUAGGUUCUUAAUUCCUGCAGAAGAAAUAACCUUGGAGCCUGAUGGUGGAACUGGACGCCGAAAACCUCCGAGGAAGGAGAGGAGAAAGUUAUUAACUGCCUAUUCUAACCAAAUUACACCAGUUGGGGGACGACAAAGGUCUGAAUCUAUAGUUCCAGAUGAUACUGUUGCAUCAGAAUCUCAGUUGGAUGGGCAACCUAGAAUGCCUUCUUCCUUCUCCUUGGGUCCAAAAAGAAAUUCUGCUUCUAUAGAUGUGGCAUCUAUGAUGGAUGGAAAAGGUGUGAGUCCUGAGAAUACAGACUACUCAGCCUGUGUAAUGCCACCUCCAACAAAACGCCAUAAAUCCAUAUCAAGUGAGCAUCGACCACGAUCAGAUGAUCCAGAAACAGCUUCUGGCUUAACAAAAGCUACAAGCACAGUGGAUCCAUUUACCUAUGUUCCAGUUCCCCUUGCUACCAAAGUUUAUUACUCUCAAAGGAACACUCGUCUACGGUCAGCAGUUGCCUAUCUGUACCAUGCAGCAGCUGCUGAGGGACUUAAUAAUAACAUGGUGAAUUCAGAAAUCUCACAGGAAAGCAUAAUGCAACUACAGGCUUCAUCUCAGAGGGGUUCUUUAGAUGCACAAACAGAUGUCCUGAUCAAUGAUAAGAGAGAUCCUUCUGUGCAGCAACAUGAUCAAGCUCUUGCACAAAGUUCAGAAAUGUGCCUGGAUAAAUCAGAAGGAAGUCCACCCUUGACUAACUUCUCAAAUCAGUAUCCUCUUGAUAACAUUAUAAGGCCCCAGGCUGCUUCAAUGGGAAUGCUCCAAAGCAAAUAUCUUUCAAAGCCUUAUUCUUUUGCAGGCAACUCAGGUCAAUCACUUGGAACCAUGCAGCAACCAAAUGGAACUGUCCCAAUUUUUUGUGGGGAGGGGUUGAUUUACUGUGAACUCGUUUUUAAGUUGACUUGUUUUCUUACUGUCUCUCUGUAUCGCACUCCAAAGAAGAGUGAAGGAAGUUCAGAACUACGAAAACAUGUCGUUUUCGUUGUCGCUAUUGGAAGUUUGGUGAGAGUGGGCAACUGUUGCCUCAAUUCAAAGAGAAAUCAAGUAGGAGUUCCUAGCCAGCAGGACCUGGUAAGUUGCCUCCCAUCAUACGCCUAUUAUGGAGAUGAAGUGGCAAAUGGCAAUGGACUAAAUUGCGACAGCAACAGAUUUGGACAGCCUCUUGGGUUUGUGCUCGGGUUUGUUAGGUGUCUCAAGCCUUGCAUAAUUGUAAAGUCAGUUCUUGUUCACUAUAAAAUAUCUGCUCCUUGUGAUGAUGUGGCUGGCCUACCACAGGGUCGCAACUGGAUGGAUCUUCUAUCUUUCGUGGAAGGUUUUUAUCAUCUGAUGUGA